GGGUAUAGUGGGUCAGGGUGACUACAGGGGUCUGUCUACGACUAUAUAAGAGGCGCGAAGCGCCCUCGUCAGAGGUUAGAAGGCCAGGCGUUGCUAAGUUCAAUACAAUCUACUACUUGGUCUACCUACCCUAGACAUUCACUUUGUGCAUGGUUCACCUCAAAAAGGCAUCUAAUCCUGACAACCUGGAACCCCUCCUUUUCUUCAACCAUGGACGAAACUCAGUCACCACCAACCAUUGUGCCCCAAACAUUAACUUCCACUCUUAAACCAAUCCCUCAAACCAACUCGCCAUUCUUAACGGCACUGGCCCCGGAGAUUCGUAUUAUGAUUUACGAAUACGUCUUCGGGUGCGGGGAUCUUCACAUCUUCAUCUAUGAGCAAAAGCUAGUCAGCAUGCUUUGUCGGAACCCGACAGAAAUAGGUAUAGAUGGCCAUGAGAGCUGUAUUAGUAUGCCGAUGUCUCGGAGUACCGGGAUAAGUUGGAAUCCAGAUACGAUUAAAGAACGAUUAUCUACUCCUACUACCCGCCAUGUUAGUGCCCUAUUGGCCGUUUGCUGCACUAUAUAUCUGGAAUCAGUCGAUAUUCUAUAUAAGAGAUACGUCCUUCAUUUUAGCAACUUAUUUUCAAUCUCUGUCUUUCCGCGGGCCAUAAUUCCCCACCAUCUCGACAUGUUACACCAUGUUAGAUUAUCCCUGGCCCUCUUCAAUCGCAGUAGCAUGAUACACGUAUACUUUAAUAAUUCCUUCAGCAGAAGCUGGCCAGGCUGGGAUGAAAGAAGUCUCUCCGGGGAUACGCCAUGGCACUGCGCUUGGAACGCUAUCGGCGAGUUGAAGUCAUUGCACACUUUACUUGUGACGCUUGAAGUGUUGCGUGAGGACCACCAGCGCGAGGAACCACACUGGCAUCGGUCGAUGCCUUCAGACUUUGAGACUUCGCUUUUCGAUCCAAUGAAGCAGGUUGUUUGCAGCGACUUUUUACUCCGGGUUAACUGGCCAUCUACAGGAAAACCCCUGGACGAAUAUCCGUUUAGAAUAGAGCGCUUCACAGAUAUGGAAACCUAGAAGGAGCCGUUUUACCUCAAUAGUGAAUUGUUAAAUAGAAUACAAGUCAUACAUUAUCUACGGGUACCCAAGAGAUAGUAGGGUGUGAAUGGGAGUAAUAAUCCGGAGAAAGGGAUUCAGAUGAAAAGGGUUAAAAAUCAGACUUAAUCGAAGGGGAUUCAAUGAUCUUUGUACUUGAUAUUAAAUGAUUUCACCAUCACAAUGGGCGUUCAUACUAGAAGGGCAUUCAUGGGGAUAAAGAUAGUAGAAUUCAGCUAAUAGACCAAAGCAUAUAGCUCGUAGCCAACUAAAAA